AUGAAGUUCAUGAUAGGAGACCUCCCUGUCUUAUUUCCGUAUGAUCGGAUCUAUCCAGAGCAAUUCUCAUACAUGUCCGAUCUCAAAGCGACACUGGACGCAGGAGGCCACUGUGUACUGGAAAUGCCAUCUGGUACGGGCAAGACAGUAUCUCUGCUAUCCCUCAUCGUCUCUUACAUGCAGUUUUAUCCGACUAAACGAAAGCUGAUCUAUUGCUCGCGAACGGUGCCGGAGAUUGAAAAAGCUUUGGCCGAGCUCAAGCGAUUGAUGGAAUAUAGGGAAGAAAUGGGAGCCAAGGAUGAGGAGUUUCGUGGACUAGGAUUGACCUCGAGGAAAAACCUGUGUCUACAUCCAGAAGUGAGCAAGGAGAAAAAGGGCAAGGUCGUCGAUUCGAGAUGUCGGGAUCUCACGUCCGCCUUUGCUUGUGAGAAGGGUCGAGCGAACCCGGGUAGUGUACCUCUAUGCGAUUACCACGAGAACCUGAACAAUUACGAACCAGGAAACCUCAUACCGCCGGGAGUCUACACCCUCGAUGAUGUCAAGAAGUACGGGCAAGAAAAGGGAGUCUGCCCAUAUUUCACUAUUCGGAGAAUGAUGCCUUAUCUUGACAUCGUCAUCUUUUCUUUUCAUUACCUGCUCGAUCCAAAAGUAGCGGAAAACGUAUCCGCGGAGAUGAGCAAGGAGAGCAUCAUUGUGUUUGACGAAGCGCACAACAUUGACAACGUCUGCAUCGAAUCAUUAUCGGUCGACCUCACACGUCCUAUGCUGGACUCUGCAGCCCGAAGUGUCAAUAAGAUCGGUGACAAGAUUGAAGAGCUCAAACGUACAGAUGCAGAGAAGCUGCAAAACGAAUACGAAAAGCUUGUCGCUGGGUUACAGGAGGCGAAUGAGCACCGAGAAGACGAAGAUAUGUUGACAGCCCCUGUCCCAUCUGCCAAAUUGUCUGAAGAUAUGGUGGAUGAAGCCGUACCGGGCAAUAUCAGGAAAGCGGAGCACUUCGUGGCCUUCCUCAAGCGGUUCAUUGAGUACCUCAAGACACGCAUGAGAGUAUUGCACGUCGUAGCGGAGACACCCCAGUCCUUCCUGGCUCAUUUGAAGGAGAUCACUUACAUUGAACGGCGGCCGCUGAAGUUCUCUGCCGAGCGACUCACAUCCCUUGUUCGGACACUGGAGCUUACGAACAUUGACGAGCAUUAUGCUCUGCAGCAAGUGGUCGGUUUCGGCACACUUGUUGCAUCGUAUGAGAAGGGUUUCAUGCUCAUAUUGGAGCCGUACGAGACCGAACAUGCUACAGUCCCCAACCCAAUCUUUCACAUGGUCUGCCUUGAUCCGUCUCUCGCUAUCAGUCCGGUGUUUGAACGCUUCUCGUCCGUUAUCAUCACCUCUGGUACCAUCUCACCCCUCGAUAUGUAUCCCAAGAUGCUUCAAUUCCAACCCGUCAUGGAGGUCUCUUACCCAAUGACACUGCAACGCAACGCCUUCUUCCCUAUGGUCAUCACUAGAGGAUCGGAUCAAGUACCGAUAUCGUCGCGGUUCGAAGUUAGAAACGAUCCCGCCGUUGUGCGAAACUUUGGAAGCAUUCUCAUUGAAAUGAGCCGUGUUGUUCCGGAUGGGAUCGUGGCCUUCUUUCCCAGUUAUCUGUACAUGGAGUCAAUUGUCUCUGCUUGGUACGACAUGGGCAUUCUGAGCGAAGUGUGGAAGCACAAACUAUUGUUCGUCGAGACGCCCGAUGCGAUGGAGACAAGUAUAGCCUUAAAGAACUAUCGGGAGGCUUGUAACAAUGGUCGUGGCGCCGUCAUGCUCUCUGUCGCACGAGGAAAAGUCUCCGAAGGUAUCGAUUUUGAUCAUAAUUACGGUCGCGCAGUGAUCAUUAUCCCCUAUCAGUACACAGAGUCUCGUAUAUUAAAGGCCCGACUGGAAUUCCUGCGGGACAAUUACCGCGUGAGAGAGAAUGAUUAUCUCACAUUCGACGCCAUGCGACACGCAGCCCAGUGUGUGGGGCGAGUCUUGCGUGGAAAGACCGACUGGGGACUCAUGGUGUUCGCAGACAAGCGGUUCGCUCGUCAAGACAAACGAAGCAAGUUGCCGAAAUGGAUCAAUCAGUACAUUAUCGAAGCUCAUUCCAACAUGUCAACUGAUAUGGCCGUCUCGCUCGCCAAAAAAUUUAUCCGUCAGAUUUCUCAGCCAUUUGAUCACACUCAGACUGGAAUCAGUCUAUGGACAUUGGAAGACAUUGAGGAUCGGCAGCGCAAGGAUCGAGAAGAGGCAGACAGGGCACUCAGAGCGCUUGGUCCAGGAGCAAUCCAAGCCCAAGCAGCCGAAGGCAUGCAGUUAGACAGGGAGAUUGAUGGAGAUGCUUUCGCGCCGGUGGAGGAUGACAUGGAUUACGGGGACGACAUUGAUGAUGAAGCUCUUGUACGGGCUGCCGAGUUGCACGGUAUGGAAGUAGAAUCAGGUUGA